UAAAAAUUUAAAAAAUAAAGGUGGUGAAGAAAGCUUGGUGUGUUUUUUUGUAUAUUUUACAGUAGCAGUGGCGGUGGUUAAUCAUUCAAUGGCUCUCUUUCUGAUGCAAGCGUGGGGGAGGGGCACCGGACAUGGCAGUUUAGCAGUUUUCUGAGCAAAAACAGGAACGCAGCCCAUAUUCAACAAAGGUGCAGUAAAGGUUUCAAUGAAGAACAGAAUGCCAAAAGUAGCAGCGAAUCUCAAGUGGGUAUCUUUCCCUUUCCACUUUUGGGUCGGGUCUUUCUCUGGUUCAGAGCUCGGUCUGAAGCUCUGACUAGGGCUUUUAUUUUUUACUACAGGGCUUUGAGUGGUUGGUUUUGAUCCUGAAAUCAAUGUUUUUUUGUUGUUUCUUGACUUCUUCAGGGGACUUUUCUGCUCUGCCUUUCAAGUGGGUUUAUGUUGCUUGGUUCUUCCCUUGUGUAAUUUUGAAGUAGCAAAUUUAGUGAUAGCUCUGGGAGUGUAGCAGUUUUACUUGUGUGGUUUCUAUUACAUAUCAAUAUACUUUUGUUUUUUUACAUAUCAAUAUACUUGGGCUGGCCUUGUUUUAUAUUGCUAUUUCAAGAUUUGAAGUCGACUCUCGUAAUCUUUUGUUAUUUAUUUUCAGCUGAUUUCAUCUCUACUUUGGAAGUUAUAUUAGCUUUGAUGUUCGUUGGAAGACUUUUGAGUUCUUUAUUUAAUUUUUGAUCUUUGUUUAGUGUUUUUUGUGCAUUUGGGAUUGUUUUUCUUUGCCAGAUUUGGGCUUCUAUUUAUUUGGUUGACUAUUCUGGAUGUUGUACAUUGCUCGUUGUUUGCUCAAACCAGUUUUUGGUUAGGGAAAGAUAUCCUGUUUUUUUCCUGCUGCUUUUGCUGCACUUUCUGUCGAGGUUAGAUGGAUAUGGGUGACAAAGAUAAAUUUGGUUUGGAGAAGGGAAGUGGAGAUCCCGUCAACUAUCAUUCAUCUAAUAUGUCUACGGAUUGGAGAUUUGGGGGUGCCAAUAUCUCUAAUCAGUCAAUGGGUUUGGUUCCUACAGACAAUUCCAUCCCUGUUCGCAAAGGGGAUCUGAUGGGUUCAUCUGUUUCUCUGGUAAACUCAUUUUGUCCAACCAUUUGGGACCACCCCAAUUCACUGAACUUGGGUUUUUGCGAUAGUAAUGCACAAACCGGUACGAACACCUCCAACACAGUAGCUAUCAGGAAAGGGAUUCCUGUUUGUUCAAGCACUAGUAUUGAUAAAGCUCUGGACAUAGGCUGGAAUCCCACAAUAUCAAAGGGUGGGGUGUUCUUGCAAAGCAACACUGGAAUCAUUCCCCAGAGCUUAUCUCAGUUCCCAGCGGAUGCUGACUUCAUUGAGAGAGCUGCUCGUUUUUCAUGUUUCAAUGCUGGGAAUUUUAGUGAUAUGAUGAAUCCUUUCAGCAUUCCACAAACCUUGGUCCCCUAUUCAAAGGGUGGAACAGUUCAGGCCCCAAUUCAGAACAAUGAGAUGCAUUUGCCUGAAGCUGCCAAAGAAGUCACCCCAUCUGCUGAUCAUGGAGCCACUGAAGGGAAUCCUAUAGAAAAUGAGAGACAAACUGGGAAUUUUAUGAGGCAUCCUGAUGAAGAAAAACAAGGAAUUGGGGUUUCUAGCAACGAGUCUGAUGAAGCCGAUUUUAGUGGUAGUGGUGAUGGGCAGGGGGAUCCAUCUAUGUUGGAGAGUGCAGGUGGGGAUCCUUCUUCCAGUAAAGGAAUUAGCAUCAAGAAAAGGAAAAGGAGUGGUCAGGAUAAUGAGCUUGACCAAGUUAAGGGAGCCCAAGUACCUGGUGAGGGUGCAAAGGAUAACACUGAAACCAAGCAGAAAGGUGACCAAAAUCUAACAUCAGCUACUGCAAAACCUGCUGGGAAACAUGGUAAAGAUAGCUCCCAGCCGUCUGAUGCACCAAAAGAAGAUUACAUUCAUGUCAGAGCACGAAGGGGUCAGGCAACAAACAGCCAUAGCCUUGCAGAAAGAGUACGAAGAGAAAAGAUCAGUGAGAGGAUGAAAUUUCUUCAAGACCUUGUCCCUGGUUGUAGCAAGGUCACAGGGAAGGCAGUCAUGCUAGAUGAAAUCAUUAACUACGUACAGUCGCUGCAACGGCAGGUUGAGUUUUUGUCGAUGAAACUUGCAGCUGUCAAUCCACGGUUGGACUUCAAUAUUGAAGGCUUCCUAGCCAAAGAUAUCCUUCAGGCACGUGGUGGUUCUUCUACAAUGGGCUUUUCUCCAGAUAUGGGGAUGUCUCAUCCCCAGCUACAUCCAUCUCAACAGGGAUUGAUCCAAGCUGGAAUUCCUGGCAUGGGAAGCCCCUCUGAUGCACUUAGAAGGACCAUUAAUUCACAAUUGACAGCAAUGAGUGGUGGAUACAAGGAACCAACUCAGCUACCCAACAUGUGGGUUGAUGAUGAGCUUCACAAUGUUGUCCAGAUGAACUACGGUGCUAGUGUUCCUUUCAACAACCAAGAGUUAAAUGGUUCUUUGCCACCGGGGCAUAUGAAAGUUGAGCUUUGAUCGACAUCUUCUGCAUCUAGUUCCACUUAGAAUCACGACCUUCUAGUUUAAGAGGGAUGAUAAGAGGAAAUUUCUCAUCCAUUUUUUUUUACUGGGAGGAUCUUUCUGUUACUUUAGAUAUUAUGAAUCUGGAGCCAUGGCUGAGGGUCACUAGUUGCUUGUACAGCUGGAGGGGAAAGCAACUCAGCCUCCAAAGAUUCUCAGGUAUAUUAUACAGCUAAAAUUGUUUUCUGAGUAGUAUAUAUAUGCAAAAUAGGAAAUCCAUUGUAUAUGGAGAUAAAGAGUUAGUUUCCUCUGGGAAUGAUGUGGAUGCUGAGAGUGCUGUAAAAGGAAUCUUUUACUGAAGCUUGAGGGAGAUGGGUAAGAUGCUCAAUGGGUUCUCUCAUUGAAUUUGCUGCGAAUCUUGACAGGUUUUGAGGGGAGAUCAGUUCCUUGGGUUUUGGAUUUGCAGUUGAAAUUAUGGUUGUAUUGUUUCAGUUCUAAUAGAAGAAAUGUAAGUUGUAAGUUUUACCAAAUAUUAACAAAUGAAAAUCAUUUUUCAUUUUUUUCCUUGUU